CAUUCUUGGUAGUAAAGAAAAUUACACUAUUUCUGAAACUGUACUUCAUGAUCUUCCUGAUUUAAUGACAGCUGAUGACAUAAAUCUUGUUUUUUGUCAUGAAAUACAAGUUGAUUUUGAAGAUAAUGAAAGAACCAAACAAGACAACAUUAUAAGCCCUAUAAAGGAUAAUCCAGCAUCCUUAUCCGAUAUUCUUAGGAAAGCAGAUUCAAUCAUUGAGAAGAUUAGCGUGGAUGAUGACAGAAUUAAUGAAAUUGAAAAUGCCACAAGAGAACAGUCGAGGAGCUCCCAGUGGCAUGCUGAGCGCUUCCCUAGAAUCACUGCAUCCAAGUGUAAGCGUGCUCUUAUAAAAGAAACAACAAGCCCCACCAAAGCCAUGCAAGAAAUCCUCUGUUACAACAAAGCCUUUCAAUCACAAUACAUGAAGGAUGGAGUCAAAUCAGAACUGGAAAUUAUUAAUCAAUAUUCUAAAUGCACAGGGAAUGAAGUACAGCCAUGUGGAUUUUUUGUAUCCAAGUCCCAUCCAUUCUUGGGUGCCUCACCAGAUGGACUUGUUGGUGAUAAUGGUUCCAUUGAAGUCAAGAAAAUUCAUCCCCAGGACAGUGAAACACUAGAAACUGCUCUCUUGAGGCUUAACAUUGUGAAAGCUACUGAUAGCAUAAAUGAAAACCAUCCAUACUAUUAUCAAAUUCAACAGCAGUUGUUUUGCACUGGAAGAAAGUGGACAGAUUUUAUUGCUUCAGAUGGCAUCAAGUUAUUUAUUAAACGAGUAGUAUACAACCCUGAGUUUUGGAACACUAAGUUGUCAAGACUUGAGCAAUUUUAUUAUAAUGUACUGCUACUGGAGCUUGCGUACCCUAGAGUGAAGGAUGGUUUGGAAAGGAUAGGUAAAUUAGGCAUUGAUUUCUCCACUUUAUCUACCUUAAGGCAAGAGUAACGAUAUUUCAAUCUGCUUUGGAAGUAUGGGUGAACUAUGCAUUGUUUUUUCCUACUUUAUCAAGGGAUAUAGAAUCAAAAUUGAAAGGAAGAUUACGAUUAACCAUAAUGAAAAUCACU